AUGUCGACACAUGUCCUGCACGCAUGCACUCGUUCCAUAAGACUACUUCCUGUUCCGUGGCCUACUUCAAAACGCUCGUUCGCUCUCGUGUACCCGUCUCUCUCCUCUUGUCGAUUACAGGAUUCGAUCUUCUCAUCCUUCGCGGAGGAGAGGCCUGGCGUGGUCCUCGUGUUCCUGGGCAAGGAGGUUAGUCAUCCCCCUGUUCUCACGUCUGCACUUGCUGCCUUCUUCCCUCUCUCCCUCCUUGCCCCACUCCUUUCCUCGCCUUCUUUCCUCUAUUGGCUUUGCUCCCUUGUUUACUCCUCCCCUGCUUUUCGCCUUUCCUCUCCUUCCUCCUCUCCCUUCGCACUCCUCUCCCAGUCCGCGUCCUCCAAGGUCUUCCCCUACGUCCAGCCGCUCGACCACGCUGACACUGCCCACGCGCUCGAUGCUCUGCUUGCCUCCUUCUCCUCCCUGGCCUAUGCGGGACAUGCUGCUGUCAGUGCCUCAUGUGGGCCCGUCUCCCGUCCCGGAACCCACCGCUUCAGCGGUGAAGACUCGCUCCAGGACCUUCUGAACAACCGUGCCAGCGUGAGGGCAUCUAGGGAGCUGGACAUGGUGCUCUAUUGCUCGGAUGGCCCUGCAAGCGCUGACUCACACGACGAUGCUGUUGCAGCAGAAACUAUUGAGCUCUUCACUCUAACUUCCCUCAUCCAGUGCAUCGCCCCCAACUACACUCGAUUCUGCACCACACUCCCUCUCGCCGCACUCCCUCACAUCGCACUCCCUCACACCGCACUUCCUCAUACUGCAGGCCUGUUUGUCUCCCCUCAAUUUUUUUCUUGCAGCCACUCCCUCACACUGCACUGUUCUGCUUGUCUCCCCAUUGAUCUCCCCUCUGAUUUCCCCUCUGAUUCCACCUUUGAUUUCCCCUCACAGCCUCUUAUCUUUCUACUCUGGCAGCCCUCAUCAAGGCUGUCACCCCCAGCUACGCCUGCUUCUACAGCGGACUCCCUCACACCGCACUCCUUCUGCUUGUCUCCCCUCUGCUUUCCACUCUCAUCUCCUCUCGCAGCCACUGAGCUCUCCAAUCUGGUGUCCCACAUCAAGGCCAUUACCCCCAACUACGCUCUAUUCUACACUGCACUCCCCGAUGCCGACGUGGGAGCGCAGAGGCGCCUCCUCGCUGCUGCUGACGACUACCCUGCUGCCGGCACAGGUGCUGCUGAUGCUGCUGCUGCAGGCGGUGGUGAGGGUGUUGGUGCCGGUGCGGAUGCUGGUGCGGGUGCAGAGGGUGUGGAGGGACAGAAAGUGGUUAAGGCGGCGGUGGCGAAGAACAAGUGUGGGCCAACGUGCAAGACCCGUACCGCUCUCCUUGAGGGCAUAUUUGCUGGCAUUGUGAUGCUCAUGAUUCUCGUCUCAGGCCUCACAGUCCUCUCUCAGAUUGACACGCCCACACGGUUUGAGGUUUCCCGUGAAGCGUCCUAA